AAGCAGUUUCUCGAAAACAAAAAAUCAUCUGAUGAGGUUAAUGAAAGUGAGGAAGAGGAUAGUACAACAAUUGCCAACCCACCAGUUAUCAAACAUAGAGGGAGGCCUGAAACCAAAUGA